AUGUCUACGCCACCACUAUCCUUUGCUAGCGUGUAUGACGGGGUAACCCAACUUUUAGAGGAGUUCUCCCUGGCUUCCCAUACGAAAGACCCCAAGCCAUCGUAUUCGACCUCAGGCCUCCAAGAGCCUCCCCGGGUCCCUCCCUACUCGGCCGCUACAUUAGUGGCAGCUACUUGGCCCACGAACCCUUUCGUCGAUCCACCCUUUCCCAACCCUCCCCCAGUAGCCCCUCCAGCCAACCGUCUAUACACAUCAGGGCCUAGCCCUUUGUCAGCCCCGGACGUCUACGAACCCGGGCGCAACAUUCGCGAUUGGCUGUGUGACUUAGACCUUUUCCUGACCGACGUCCCACCCCACCAACAUACUUGCUUCUUACUACGUUUCCUUUCCUCAUCCGCCAGGCGACGCGCCUUCGAUGCCGGCCUUACACUAGCUACCCCGUUCCCCAUCGCCUGCCGUUGCGUUGUGCAACUGUUCGAUACCCCCGACGCGCCUGGCAUCGCGGCAGAGCGAUUUGCCAAGUUACGCCAGGCCCCCCGGCAAUCUGUUGACGAUUUCGCAACGGAGCUUACCCGACUUGCCUCCGCGGCUUUCCCCAACCUAUCACACCCCGAUCGUGACGACCUCAUCCUCCACCGUUCCAUUUCAGGCCUCCUCGAUCGCACGAUCACCGACUCCUUCCUUCUCCACCCCCCGCGUACUCUGAACGACGCUUUGCGGCAGUACCGACUAUACCUUACGUAUCACCGAACCCACCAACCCCCUCCGAGACCCCCGUUACCCCCGGCUCGGCCGGAGCCCCAGACAGACGGAACCCUUUGCCGGUCCGCUUCGCCGAUCACAACCCUGGCUGCCAGUACUGCGCGGCUUUUGGACCACGAGCUCGCCACUGUGGCCACAACCCACCUUGUGAGUCCACCCCCAUUGACGCUAUUUACUUUCAUGAUUUUUUUUCUAUCCCCGCUUUUACUGUGCCGAUACUUGUGGAUAGUCACCCAACCCGGGUGUUAGUAGACACGGGCGCUAAUGUGUCGCUUGUUACCAUUUACAAGCUUCCAAAUCACCUACUGCGUCACGUAGACCCACUUCCGGCUCCCCGCUCCCUCCGCGCCGCCAACGGCACGGAGAUACCCGCUUUGACCACUGUUUCGCUACAACUUAUGAUCGAAAACACGCGUAUCUUCCAUAGGUUUCUAGUUACCCCCGAUGGUCCCUGGCCUCUCGUUCUCGGUCUUGACUUCCUAGAGGCUCACGAUUGCGUAGUCCAUGUUCGCGAACGGCAUCUCACACUCGGCCGAAACACUAUCGCGCCCGCCCCUCCGGCCACUAUAAACGACUUCGACCUUAUGUACAACUCAGUACUUUCUGCCGUAGCGUUAGAUCCCAUCCCCUUAGAUACCGUCCUUCCCGCCCCCUCAGUAAUCGGUCCGGUUGCGCACGAGCAGCUUAAGACCCUCCUCAACUCCUUCCCAGACCUUUUCGCAUGGUCCACCGACACCAUCGGGCGCACCCACUUGAUUCAGCACACGAUCGACACGGGAGACGCCAAGCCCGUGUGGCAACCCCCGCGCCGGAUCCCAUUGCGCUACCGUGAAGAGGUCAAUAAGCUGUUAGAUGUACUGCAGGCUAAAAUCAUCCAGCCUUCGCCGUCCCCAUGGGCUUCUCCUAUCGCCCUCGUGCCCAAGAAGGACGGAUCCGUCCGGCUGUGUGUUGAUUACCGUCGCCUUAACGCCGUGACAGUCCGUGAUUCCUUCCCACUCCCGCGGUUAGCUGACGCCCUCGACGCCUUAGGAAAUGCUGCAUGGUUCUCAACACUGGACCUUAAAUCCGGUUAUUGACAGGUAGAGAUACAUCCAGACGACCGCCAUAAGACCGCAUUCACGGUACCCCAAGGUCUGUAUGAGUUCCAAACCCUUCCGUUUGGCCUGUGCAACGCAGCCGCCACUUUCCGGCGCCUUAUGUAUCGUGUCCUCCAACCCCUCAUAUCGGACAAGUGCCUCGUCUACCUCGAUGACAUUAUAGUGUUUGGGAGGUCUAUCGACGAACACAACCACAGUUUGCGCGCGGUAUUGGAAGCCCUCCGCUCUGCGGGUCUGACCCUUAACCCCACUAAGUGCCUUUUUUACGCCGUGUGGUAAAUUUCUUGGGUCACUUAAUCUCCCCCGGGCGCAUCUCACCCCUUCCUGACCGCAUCCAAAGUAUCCGCACGUGGCAAACUCCCUCCAAACAAACGGAGUUACGCAGUUUUUUGGGGUUAGCGUCAUACUACCGCCGUUUUAUUCGUGAUUUCGCCCAUAUUGCCAACCCCCUACACAAACUCACGGAUAAAGACAGACCCUUUGUCUGGUCUGGCGACUGUGCGUGCCGCCCUGUGCUCGGCUCCCCUACUUGCCCUCCCAAACGUUGACAGAGUGGCACCCCCAUUUAUAAUAGACACCGAUGCCAGCGGGUACGCUAUCGGCGCCGUACUCUCCCAAGCCGAUGCGAACGCAGUAGAACACCCGAUCUGCUUCGCAAGCAAUACCCUCAUCAAACCACAGAGAAAUUACUGUACGUUCCGCCGCGAACUCCUGGUGAUCGUCGUGUUCCUACGUCAGUUCAAGCACCUGCUGAUCGGACGACGUUUCGUCUUCCGCACAGACCACAGAGCCCUGCAGUGGCUGCGGUCCUUCAAGGACCCCAUGGACCAGCUGGCACGCUGGCAGGAGUUCCUGCAGGACUUCGACUUCGAAUGCCAGUACCGCCCGGGCCACAAGCAUGGCAACGCAGACGCCCUUUCCCGCCUUCCCCACGUCAUUGACGCAGACCCUGGUGUGAAGACAGCCGACGUUAACGCUAUCGUCGUGUCUGAGCCUACACGCCACGAAUGGGCAACAGCGCAAACAACGGACCCCGACACGGCCACUAUCUACCGCCACCUGAGUCUAGGGCUUCUUAAGCCUGCCGAGCAGGAAAUGAGAGGCGCCAGCCAGAGCGCCCGCCUAUUGCUCAACCAAUGGCCCUACCUCACCAUCGAAAAUGACAUAUUGUUUUUCCGUGACCCCACUUCCAACCGGCUACGACCCGUCGUUCCCAGAUGCUUGGUAGAAUCCGUACUCACUGACCUCCACACACAGCUAGGACACAGCGACCAACACCGCACGGAACUCGCCGCCCGCAGCCGUUUCUGGUGGCCUCAACUACGUUCAGCCGUACAACAUUUCCGUCAGUCCUGCGCCACGUUCAAACCUCCCUCCCCCUUCACCCCGUGCCCCACUACAACUUAUGACUACCGGUUUCCCAGGCGAGCGUAUCGGCCUGGACAUCUUGGGACCCUUACCAAUAUCGAUGCGCGGGUUCGAGUACGUCCUAGUCAUGGUGGACUAUUUCACUAAGUGGGUGGAAGCCGUGCCACUCCUCCGCUAGGACGCGGCAUCAGUCGCAAAUGCCAUUAGCCGCACUUGGAUUAGCCGUUGGAGCGCCCCCUUGUCAUUCCAUUCAGACUGCGGCGCAAAUUUUCAGUCACAACUCCUACAAGAGGUCUGCGAGAUCCUAAAGAUUCGCAAAACCCUAACUACUCCGUAUUACCCCGAAGGCAACGGCCUCGUGGGAAGGACCAACCACACACUACACGAGCUCUUACUUGCAUUCUCACGGGACGGGCACGAACACGACUGGGACGCACAUUUACCUCUGUGCCUGCUAGCUUAUCGCGGAGCAGUACAUUCAUCCACGGGGUUCACCCCUCACUACCUCUGGACUGGCCGUGAUCUACGCCUCCCAGCCGACCUUUGCUACCCCCUACUGACGCCCAACCCGUCCACACUACACGAGUACGCCACUCACCUCCGAGGGGUCAUACGCUCAGCUCAUAACGCUGCCCGCGUCGCAUUGGGAGCUGCUACCCAGCACAAAAAGGAGCACUUUAACCGCCACACCGCUGGCACCCCGCACCAAGUUGGCGACCUGGUGAUGCACUACAACCCCGUACCCCCACACGGCACCUCCGCUAAACUCCACCGUCCCUGGCAAGGACCGUUUACCGUACUCGACGUGCUCGUUCCCACCACAUCCCUGUUACGCGACGCCGUCCAUCCUGAUUCCCCCUCCUUUACGGCACACUUUUCCAAACUCAAACCUUACCGAGGACGCCUACCCAUUUGCACUCCCGAUUCCCUAUCCGUCAUCCCCUUAGACCUAGUUUCCCCGGUAACCAUUGAGGUCUCCAUCCCCUCCCCCAUCGACUGCACCAGCACUGAGGACAGUGCUGUACCUUAA